CAGGUGAUGCGGUCAGGAUGUCUGACGGGAGACAGCGAACUUUGUCCACAUCUGGAGAGUCUCUGUAUCAGGUCCUGGGUCUGCAGAAAGGCUGUUGCCAUGACGACAUCAAGAAGUCCUACAGGAAGCUGGCGUUGCGGUUCCACCCCGAUAAGAACCCGGAGAACCCGGCGGCGGCCGAGAAGUUCAAGGAGCUGAACAGCGCCCACGCCGUGCUGUCGGACCCGGGCCGGAGGGGGGUCUACGACGCGUACGGGUCCCUGGGACUCUACGUGGCCCAGCAGUUCGGGGAGGACAACGUCAACGCCUACUUCAUGCUGUCCACCUGGUGGGCCAAGGGCCUGUUCGUGGUCUGCGGCGUGCUAACCGGAUGCUACUGCUGCUGCUGUCUCUGCUGCUGCUGUAACUGCUGUUUUGGGAAGCUGAAGCCGACGCCCCCAGGCGAGGGGGCGGGGCCGGACUACGUCUCCCCUGACGACCUGGAGGAGGAGAUACGCAAUGACCCCGACGACGACGGUGAGGCUCCGGUCGUUCAGCAGCAGCCGAACGCCAGCGAGAAAACUCAGCUGAUCACAGACGGACACCGUCGCUAUGGAGACACCUACACAUGAAACAGGAAGCAGGAAACAGGAAACGCAUCAGAAGUCAAAUGUGAAUUGGAGAUAAUAACUUUAUUUUAUAUAUAAUGCAGACAGACAGAGAGACAGAGAGACAGACAGACAGACAGACAAAGACAGACAGACAGACAGACAGACAGACAGAGACAGACAGACAGAGAGACAGAGAGACAGACAGACAGA